CGUUAUAUAGUUUUUAUAUCACAAAACUAUUCAAACCAUUCAUCAUAAAUUUAUAUCACAAAACCACCUCAAACCUUAUUCUUCUACAUGGAACCAACGUGCGUCGAUACUUCUCUCAACCUCAACCUUGCCCCUUCUCAAGAAACAGACGUUGCUAUGGUUGCUAAGGUUCUGGUUGAAGAGUUGGAGCGUCUAAGUAAUGAAAAUAAGAAGUUAACUGAGAGGUUAAACCUCAUGUGCGACAAUUAUAUUGCUUUGCAAAACCAUUUAAACGAGUUCAAGAGUCAAGAAACAGUGAUCACGCCAUCGAGGAAGAGAAAGAUUGAUUGCAUUGAAAAUUGCACCACUACUUCUAAGGAAGAAACAUUCAAACAUAACUCUUGUCCGAAAAUUUCUAAGGUUCUUGUUCGCACAGAUGCAUCCAACACCAGCUUAUAUGUGAGAGAUGGAUAUCAAUGGAGAAAAUAUGGUCAGAAAGUUACUAGAGAUAAUCCAUCUCCUAGGGCUUACUUCAAGUGCUCUUUUGCUCCUUGUUGUCCUGUGAAGAAGAAGGUGCAGAGAAGUGUAGAAGACCCAAACGUGUUAGUGACAACAUACGAAGGAGAGCACAACCAUGCACAUCACCAAGCACAAACAUCACCGUCAAACCAAAGUGAAACCUCUACGCAUAAUUUUGUUCCUUCUCCACUAGCUUCAACGCAUGACUGGGUCGUGCCGAGAAAGUUAGUGGUUGACAAUGGUGCUCAAAGGUCGUCUAUACACCAGUUGUUAGUUCAGCAAUUGACAACUUCUUUGACAAGAGAUCCUAAUUUCACAACAGCACUUGCUACGGCAAUUUCUGGAACAAUUUUGGAUGGAUGGGAAAAACGGUGAUUGAAUUCAGACAUGGACUUGUAUCAAUAGUUUUUUUUUUAUUUUUUAUUUUGCAUCGUUAUUUCUAGGUUUGAUAGUAGUAAUUAGGGAUGUUCAAAACCAAACCAACCCAAUAGAAAACCGCAAAUCAAACCAAACCAAAUCGAAACCGCAAAAAACCGUAUUUGGUUCGGAUUCGUUUGGAUCAUUUUUUAAUAAAACCGCACGGUUUGGUUUGGUUUGCGGUUUGUAUUUUGCAAACCGAACUAAACCAAACCAAACCGCAUUAUGUUACAACCCAAAGUUCGCUUAUCCCACAUCCAACCCAAACCUCAAACCUAGUAUGCCUUAACCUUACAAUUACAAACGAUUUUCUCUUAAUCACACUUAGGAUUUCAAUUUCAACCUUCUUAAAUCUCUCAUAGUAGUAUCACACAUUCUUCUCAUCUUCUUUUCCAUGUAGGUCUCGCAUAUUCUACUCUAAUAAGUCAUCUAUUAUGUUCUUUCUUUUUUA